UCUCGCUUGCACCAUCUAAUGGUCACCAGUGAGUAGUACAACAAACAAACUUGUCAGAUUGCAUAUAAAUACAUCUUCACAUGAUUGAGGACAAGCAGCCUAUGUCAAAGCUGAGUGAAAUGUUAAUAACUUCGGCUGAAUUAUAUAUUUUUAUUUACAUUAAUGGAUUUGGCAGAUGCCAUCCAAAAAGACUAACAUUGCAUUCAGGUUUCACAGUUUAGCAUUACUUUAAUUUCUUCACAAUGACCUUGGCAUUGCUGGCAACAUGCUCGACAAGUUAAGCUACAUCAAAGUGUUGUUAGAUAGUUGUAAUUGCUAGACCCAAUCAAAAGACCAACUUGUUAUCACAUGUUACACCUUCGUUAAAAAUUAUGAAAUAUAGACCAAUUUUUUGUUUGCAAACAGUGUGACGCGAUUCUGUGGGCGGAGCCGAACUGGUGGCAGAAAGCAUCUAAAUGAUCGUUCUUAACUAACGUUACAUAAUUUAUUUUGCAUUUGUGUGUGAUAAACAGUAUAGAAAACCUUACCUGAAAUAAAAUAAACACAGAAAAAACGAGUAUUCCGGAUGAUUUCUUCAGUCCAGCCUGUUCGUUUAAUGGCUUGUUUAGCUUAAAAUGUCAUAUUCAACGACGGUAUUCCAUAGGAAAUAACACCAUACUUUUUGCCAUUCCUAUUCUGACAUUCAAUAACACAAAAACACUUUUGAAAUAAUUAUAUCCUACGUUUCAUUCAUUGCUGCUUUGUUUCCGCUGUUUUUCUGCCACCAGUAUGCGCGCGCAGCUGGCAGUGACGUAACCGUGACGUCGACUCCAAAUUGGUCUAUUACGUCAAAAUAAUCUAAAUGCUUCAAUGAUUUGAUCAUGUGGUUUAUUUGUUUGAAUUCUUAAACAAUCUGUUGUGUAUUGUGUUUGUUAAGCUCCCAGGCUUUUCUGUGGUGAGCUUUCGGUGCAUCUAUGUGGUUUAGUUGAGAUGAGAUUCUUCAUGAAAGGAUGUGACAUCACAGAUGGGGCAUUUUAACUUCAGUUGAUUUGCUGACAGGUCAUUUUCAGAGAUAUGCUUUUGUGACAACUUAUUUCGGGGGACAUUUGACUUUCAGUAAUUGUUUUUCCAAGUCAAACCUUUGUGCUGGCCUUGUGGACAAUUUAAAAUGUUUUGGACUCUGACAAUGGCUUUGGCCCUCAUGGCAGUAGUUGAUGCCUGUCCGGUACACUGCAAAUGUGAAUAUAUUGACAUCAUAACCUGUUCACACCAAAAUCUGCUGGAGUUCCCUCGUCUGCCUCAGGGUACUAAGGAAUUAUAUGCCACACAUAAUAAAAUACAGGCUCUCCCAAGUGAAGGUCUGGAAGAAUUGUCAAUUCUCGAUCUCAGCAAGAAUCGCUUAAAUCUGUCACUGACUUUGGACAGCAUUUGGCAGAACAUGAGCAAUCUUAGCAAGCUAUUUCUGACUGGAAAUGCACUUAUUAUAUUAAAUCCAAAACAAUUCCAAGGACUAGUGAACCUCAAAGUGUUAGACCUCAGUGAGAACUCCAUUGAAGCUCUUCCUCAGAAGCUCCUUUAUGGUCUGAUCAAACUCAAAGUCCUUAAUCUGAAUUUUAACCACAUAUUCAGUUUAUUUUACGGGGUUCUGGAGGGUGCUCCUGCCCUUAUGGACCUCCAACUGAAAAGCAAUAAGAUUGAGAUGAUAGAAAUGGAUGUGUUUGAAAACUGCACCAACUUGGCAAAACUCUAUCUGUCACAAAACAAUCUGAAAAGUGUGAGCAAUAAGAUAUUCAGGGGCGCCACAAGACUGGAUUACCUUGAUUUUAGUCGUAAUGGGCUAGUUGCAAUACCUAUCAGUGUCCUCAGCAACAUCCCAAAUCUCACUAGCCUCUACCUUCAGAAAAAUCACUUAACUAGUAUUCCUGAUGAUAUUUUCUCUGAAAUUCCUGCAUUGAAGCAUUUGGACUUGAGUUAUAAUGCUAUUGUUUCCCUUUCUGGCGCAUCCUUCAGAGGUCUUUCCCAGCUGGGUGCAUUACAUUUGAGUUCCAAUCUGUUACAGUCCCUAACUUCACAAGUGUUUCAAGAUUUAGGCCAACUCAGCAACCUUAAUUUGUAUCAGAAUAAUCUGACAUCCCUUCCGAGUAAUUUGUUCAACAAUUUAAGCAUAUUAAGAGAGCUCCAGUUGGACAGAAAUAAUAUUUCUGUUAUUCCACCAGAUCUAUUUCACCCACUUUAUAAACUAUACGAUCUACAGUUGAAUAACAAUCAUAUCUCUGAGCUCGGCAGAGAUACAUUUAAGACGCUCCGAAAGCUUAACUAUCUUGACCUCAGCAACAAUGACCUUGAAAGAAUUUCAAAGCACCUCUUCCAAAGGACAAAACGUCUGGAAUAUCUAAAUCUGGAGAACAAUCAUAUCCACUCAAUUUCAAAGUCAUCCUUUCAAAGUCUAAACAGACUACACAUUCUUAAACUCGGCAACAACCGUCUGUCCAGUCUUCACAUGGAGCUACUGACUAAUCUUAGUAGUUUACGGGAGUUAUGCCUGAAAGACAACCAGAUAGAAACCAUCCCUGUUGGAUUUUUUGGCGGACUUACAAAUUUGACCAGUCUAGAUUUGUCCAACAAUAAUCUGCAUACCAUGUCAUCUGAUAACUUUAAAGAUCUGUACACGCUGAAAGAAUUGGAUCUGAGCUUCAAUAGACUUGCCGUGCUCCCAGACGACCUCUUUAUAUCUUUGCACAAUCUUCGAAAGCUGCACCUGCAAGAAAACCAGCUGACACGCUUGCCCACCAAAGUGUUUUCUGUUCUAAUCAAUUUGAAAGAGCUCGACUUGGACAAAAACCAGCUCCGGCAUAUCGAUCCGGCACAGUUUGAAGGCUUAGUGAAGUUAAAAGAACUCGAUAUUAAAUCUAAUAAUCUGCAUUCAAUGGAAAAUGGGUCACUGAUGCCUUUAAAAAAACUAAAGCAUAUUCAUCUCGAUGGGAACCUGUGGGAUUGCUCUUGUAAGUCCAUUUUGUAUUUAAGUCAGUGGUUCAAUAAUAAUACUAGGCUGGUGGGAAAUAAAACCAUUAUGUGCUCCUCUGGCCAAGAUCUUUCCUAUCCAGCUCGUUUCCCAUCCUCAUUGUCGCAACAUUGCACAAGUGCUGCCAGUUUCUCUUCACACAUUCAAAAUAUUAAGAAAUUCACAGUAUUCAUAGCAUUCUCCUUGACAUUCUACUUCUUCAUUGUUUAAAUUGCUGUUCUAUGUUAGCUUUCCAUAUGUGUGGUUAAAGUCAGGGCUUGUCUUCAUAUAACGCUUUUUGAUUUAUUGAAUGCAAAUAAAGAGUUUGGUUCCAAAAUGAGAUAACUCAGUAAAAAAAAUCAUGUUUUUUAUUAUGUUAUCAAGUUUUCAUUGUGUUUUAUUGUGUUAGUUAGCUGUAUAUGUUUAGUUAUUAUGGCUUAACUCAAAAGAAACCAACUGCAUUUUGAUAUUAAUUGGAAUGCACAAUAAAAAAAAGAUUUUUGAAAAUGUUCUAAAACGGAGUUAUCUCAUUUUGGAACCAAACUCUUCAAAUGUUGGGCAGAUAUUAGAGAAUUCAUUUAAAAUACAUAACAAUGUAUAUAUAAUGGUGUAAAAUAAACCGCAUUUACAAAACCCUUACUUUUCAGAGAGUGCAUAACAGGAUAAAGCAUUUCAGAGGGCAAAAGGGAAAUUCCACUUACUCAUUUCUAAACUCAUAACUGCCUUUCACUUAUUUGAGUGUUUCGAAGAACCUCGAAUGGCUGCAAGCUGUGGUUGUGUGUUGCUGCAAAACUAGGUUGGAUCUGUUUUGUUCAUAGACACAAGUACUUUAUUUCUUUGAGUUUCCUAUAAAAAAAUCUGAUGACUAAAAUGGUCAAGAUGUAAUACAAACUCAAAUGAAUGCACUGGGUAAAAAUGC